CUGUAUAAGAAGAGAACUUACAGCUCUCCUUGACGCAAGCUCCAAGCCAUUAGCCAUGAAUACCGCUCUCUGCUUGAGAGUCGUCUUGCUCGUCGCCAGCUCUAUCUCCAGUCAUGUGAGCUGCACACCCCCGAAUGCCGUUCCUCGUGCAGAGGAGCGAGCGAAGUUCGAAGGGCAGCAAACUUCACAUUUCGGCGAGAAGGGCUUUACUGCCGUUCGUGCGGCGUCGUUGCUAACGUUUAUCGUGCACAUCGCCAACGCCAUUGCCUUGCUCACCAUCCUAUCUGCCGUGGGAGCGCUCGCUAUUCAUGAGCUCUCUGAUUGGCUACUCCGAGUCGUGGCCGUCGACCCACUCGCUGUAUCGCCAGCCUUUGCUAUUGGCACGCUCCUCAUGAUUAUCGGUAGCCUCAUCCGAUCCGUCUCCUAUAAAUAUCUCGGACGCCACUUCACUUUCCAGCUCUCCAUCCAGAAGAACCACAAGCUCAUAACAAGUGGACCGUAUUCCGUUAUUCGUCACCCUGGCUAUACAGGAGGCUGUGUCUACAUGGUGGGCGUCGCUAUCAGCCAGCUUGGUCCUGGCUCGCUUUAUGCUGAGCUCGGCCUGUGGAUGAGCCCACUCGGCUUUGCUGCGGGUGUGUGCCAGCUCGUGUUCAUCACGUACGCUGUUUUCACGAUGCUCUUCCGAGUAUGGAGAGAGGACUCAGUGCUUAUGGAGGAGUUCGGGGAAGAGUGGUUCGCAUGGACAAGGCGCACACCCUGCCGUCUUAUUCCGGGUGUCUACUAAUAUUCCAAUGACUGCGUGUGAGUCUUCC